UGUAACCCCAUUUGAAAUUUGGCGUUCUCCACAUACUAUUUUCUGGGCACAAUUUGCCCAACGUGGAUUCUCCAUUUCUUCCACACACACACACUUCACUUUAUACACUUCUCUCUUUCUUUCCCCAUAAUCCCUAAAAAAUUAUCACUAGUUUUUACAAAUCGAUUUUGAAUUUACUGCCAAAUGGGGAAAAUAAUGAGUUAAUCAUAUUGCAUUUUCUGCUGCUCAUAUAAGAACUAUGGCAGAUUCUUUGGUUUUUACCCAUUGUUUUAAGGGUUCUGAAGUCACUUAUAGGAAGGGUUUCAACAGAACCUCCUAUUUUGAGAUUUCAAAUAUACGUAGGUGUUCUUUCUGCCUAUCACAUUCUAGGGAUCGUUUGGCCCAUCAGCCUUCAUAUAGCUUCUAUCUAAGGUUAAGAGAAUCUUAUAUUCGAAGGGGUGUGUGGAAGAAGUUAGGUACAGCAGAUCUUGAAUGUAUUGGACGAAAGAAAUUAUUCUUUUCAAGCUCUGGAGCAGCCGAUAGAAAAAAAUUCCAGUUGCAUGCUGUGGUUGACGUAGCCACUGGUGUUGAUGUCAUUAAUGACCUGGGUUUGGAUACCUUGACUUUCUUGGGUGUCACUGUCUUGAUCGUCCCUGCACUCAGAGCUUUAAAAGCUAGCCCUAUACUUGGAUUUUUCUUUGCGGGUGUUGUUUUAAAUCAAUUUGGUCUCAUUAGGAAUCUUACUGAUGUCAAAAUUCUUUCAGAAUGGGGCAUCCUUUUUCUGCUGUUUGAGAUGGGUUUAGAGCUUUCACUUGCGCGUUUGAAGGCUCUUGCUAAGUUUGCUUUUGGCAUGGGAUUUCCUCAGGUCCUGUUGUCCACGCUUGCUUUCGCAGCAUUUGAGCUUCCACCAAACGGGGCACUUGGAACAAAAAUUUUGGAAUUUUUAUUUCACUCAAGACCUGAUCUGGUUAAUAUCAGGAGUGUAGAUGAGGCCAUAGUCAUAGGUGCUGCUCUAUCAUUGUCAUCUUCAGCCUUUGUUUUACAGCUUCUUGCUGAGAAGGGUGAGCUUCCAACAAGAUUUGGCUCGGCUACGUUGGGCAUUCUUCUUCUACAGGACAUAGCAGUUGUCCCUCUCUUGGUGAUACUUCCAGUGCUAGAGAGCCAGAAUAUAGUUGAGCAAAGCAUUUGGCCAAUGCUUGUAAAAGAAAGCCUGAAGGCUUUACUUGGGCUUGGAUUGCUUUCUCUUGGAGGGAAAUUAAUCCUGAGGCGAAUCUUCGAGGUUGUUGCAGAAACAAGAAGCUCAGAAGCUUUUAUUGCACUCUGCUUGCUGACCGUUGCUGGGACUUCACUUGUUACACAAAAGCUUGGCUUUAGUGACACGCUUGGAGCUUUUUUGGCUGGUGCCAUACUUGCAGAAACAAAUUUCCGGACACAAAUUGAAGCGGAUAUAAGGCCAUUUCGGGGUUUACUUCUUGGAUUGUUCUUUGUCACUACAGGAACUUCUAUUGAUAUGCAGGUUCUUUUGAGAGAAUGGCCCAAUGUUCUUACUCUCCUGGGCGGCCUGAUUGCUAUUAAGACAAUGCUAAUAACAGCUAUAGGUCCCCGGGUUGGACUGACCUUGCAAGAAAGUAUAAGAAUAGGAUUCCUUCUAUCCCAAGGAGGUGAAUUUGCAUUUGUGGUUUUCUCGCUUGCAAAUAGGCUGGGAGUAUUACCGCUCGAGCUCAACAAAUUACUCAUAAUUGUUGUUGUGCUGUCAAUGGCUUUGACACCUCUGUUAAACGAACUUGGACGGAAAGCUGCUGAUUUUGUUGCUGAAACUUUUGAAGCAGACACUAAAGCUGUUGAGAGCGUGAACUAUGAUGUUAGUGAACCAGUCGUAAUUCUUGGAUUUGGACAAAUGGGGCAGGUCCUUGCGAACCUUUUGUCAGCACCAUUGUCUUCAGGUGGAGAUGGUGAAGCUGUGGGUUGGCCAUUUGUUGCUUUUGAUCUUAAUCCUGCAGUUGUCAAGGCAGCAACGAAACUUGGCUUUCCAGUCUUAUAUGGGGAUGGAUCAAGACCUGCAGUUUUAGAGUCUGCUGGAAUAUCUUCUCCUAAAGCUGUCUUAGUCAUGUAUCCUGACAAGGACAAGACCAUCGAAGCAGUUGAAAGCAUUCGACUCAGCUAUCCUUCGGUCCCAAUUUAUGCUAGAGCCCAAGAUCUUAAGCAUUUGUUGGAUUUGAAGAAAUCAGGUGCAACUGAUGCAAUUCUCGAGAAUGCAGAGACAAGUUUACAACUCGGUUCCAAGCUUCUUAAAGGAUUUGGUGUAAUGUCUGAUGAUGUAGAUUUUCUCAGUCAGCUUGUUCGAAAUUCCAUGGAGAUUCAAGCUCAAGAUGCAGUAAGCAAUAUAGAAGAACAAGAUUACAACAUUAUGCAGCCUGUGCAGGUUCGAGUAGGAGAUCUGAUCACUACAAGAUCGAUGGGAGCUGCUGGAACUGAGGAUAAUAACUUGUCUAAAACAAGCCAAUUAAGUGAAGAUGAUGAUGUGGGCGUGGAUCACGAAGGUGACUCGUAUUCAGAAAUGGGCAGUGACAACAACUCACUAAUGAAAGGCGAAGGCAUUGAAGAGAGCGAUAUUCUUUCGUACAAGUCCCCAAACGACAGGAAGUGAAAAUUCACACACAAAAUUUUGUACAUUAUAUUUUGUGAUCAAUGUAUGUACCCCCGUUACAACUACAUUAUAGCUUCUUCAAGGGUCUGAAUUGAUGAGUAAUAUUUGUCAAAUGUAGGAUAUGAAAAUUGUUUUGAUGUAUAUAAUGAAGCUCAGUCCUAUUUUCAGUUUUUGUGCAAUGUUUUAGAUGAUCCUUAUCAUUCAAUCACUACUUUACAUUCCAUAGAUGUGCCUUUAGGUUCUUUUAAGGUAAAGGUAUAUGAGAUUUGAUCUAUAAUAUGAAUCCAAUCAAACUAUAUUUGGAGUGCUGGAGGAGCUAAAUACUACUUGUUGACAAGAGCUAUGUCGGAUUCAAUAUUUUAU